AAAGGACCCCAGUUACUCUCGUUUGCUCUCCAACUUGUAAGCAAACCCUACCCUUUUCGCUUAUCUCCUUUGCAAUUUUUUUGGUUCAGUUUCUCUAUUUGCAAUUUUACUUUUGUUUCCAAAGCCAUGGAAUCACGUCCUUUGCACAUAGCAAUGUAUCCAUGGUUAGCCAUGGGUCACCAAACCGCAUUCCUCCACCUAUGCAACAAGUUAGCGAUAAGGGGCCACAAAAUCUCCUUCAUCACCCCACCAAAAGCACAAGCCAAGUUAGAAGCAUUCAACCUGCACCCAAAUUCAAUCACCUUUGUCACCAUCACGGUUCCACACGUUGAAGGCCUUCCCCCAGAUGCACAAACCACCGCAGAUGUCACUUACCCUUUGCAGCCGCAGAUCAUGACAGCCAUGGAUCUGACUAAAGAUGACAUAGAAACCCUUCUCAGUGGCCUCAAACCUGAUCUUGUCUUCUACGACUUCACACAUUGGAUGCCAGCAUUGGCAAAGAGUUUAGGCAUCAAGGCUGUGCAUUAUUGCACUGCUAGUUCUGUGAUGGUUGGUUACACUCUCCCACCGGCUAGAUAUCACCAAGGAACAAACCUAAUAGAAAGUGACCUCAUGGAACCCCCAGAAGGGUACCCUGACUCAUCAAUCAAGCUCCAUGCUCAUGAGGCUCGUGCCUUUGCUGCGAAAAGAAAGGACACGUUUGGGAGCAAUGUUCUUUUCUACGAUCGCCAAUUCAUUGCAUUGAAUGAAGCCGAUGUGUUGGCAUACAGAACAUGCAGAGAAAUCGAAGGGCCAUAUCUUGAUUACAUUGAAAAGCAGUUCAACAAGCCUGUGCUAGCAACCGGGCCAGUUAUUCUAGACCCACCAACUUCAGAUUUGGAGGAGAAAUUUUCCACAUGGCUUGGAGGGUUUGAGCCUGGCUCAGUGGUCUAUUGUUGCUUUGGAAGUGAGUGCACUUUGGGGCCAAACCAGUUCCAAGAGCUGGUGCUUGGUCUUGAGCUAACUGGCAUGCCAUUCUUGGCAGCAGUGAAGGCCCCAUUAGGGUUUGAGACAGUGGAAUCAGCAAUGCCUGAGGGGUUUGAAGAAAGGGUGAAAGGGAGAGGGUUUGUGUAUGGUGGGUGGGUUCUGCAGCAGUUGAUUCUGGCACACCCUUCUGUGGGGUGCUUCAUCACACACUGUGGGUCAGGGUCCUUGUCUGAGGCAUUGGUGAACAAGUGUCAGUUGGUGCUGUUGCCUAAUGUUGGUGACCAGAUCCUUAAUGCAAGGAUGAUGGGGAACAACUUGGAGGUUGGUGUGGAAGUGGAGAAGGGUGAUGAGGAUGGAAUGUACACCAGAGAGAGUGUGUGCAAAGCUGUGAGCAUUGUGAUGGAUGGUGAGAAUGAAACCAGCAAAAGGGUGAGGGGUAAUCAUGCUAGGAUCAGAGAGUUGCUGCUUAACAAAGAUUUGGAGUCCUCUUAUGUUGACAGUUUCUGUAUGAGGCUUCAAGAGAUUGUUGAGGGAAUAGACUUGUAGAGCAAUGGUUGAUAGAUGAUAAUUUACAUGAAUGGCAAUGGUUUUGAGGUGAUGAUUGAUUUGUUCAAAGCUGGAGUGGAGCCUAGUAGGUCAUUCAACUAGUUCUUAUGUGUGAAAUUUUCCUUUUUUUUGUUCUUUUUUUCAUAAGAAAAGAAGUUUCAAUGAGUGGAGUUUUGUUUUAGAAAGCUGUCGAAGUCUUCAAUUUUGAAGUAGAUAAGUCAUGGUAGUUUGAACAAGUAAUAACAAUGAACAAGUGAACUUUGAUCUUGUGUUAUUAAUCAUUGUGACACCUUGU